AUGUAUUUAUCUGAAAAUUCAGAUUUGGAAAGAGGGCAACUGCCACAUGCUCCUUAUUACACCAUUUUGAAGAGAGAUAAGAAAUGCCAGUGUUACUGUAUUAGAAGACCAAACUGGUAUAUCAACAAUGUUGGUGGACUUUAUGCAGGACUUACUGACAAAGAAAUUCCUCUCAAGAGCUCUCACCUUGAUGCUAGAGUCUUCAACUCUACCUCAACCAUCAAGUACUCUCAAAUUUACACAAAUAGUGAGACUGCUCCUCUAGAAGUGCUGUACAGGUUUCCCAUUGAUGCGUAUUUCGGUGUGACAGGAGUCCACAUUAAACUUGGAGACAAAGAAAUCGAUGCUACCAUCAUGGCCAAAGAAGAAGCCAAACACAAAUAUGAUGAUGCCAUUGCAGCUGGUAACACAGCUGCCAAAAUCAAUUAUGACGAGAACAUCCCUGAAGUGCUUGAGCUUGCUGUGGGCGCCCUUCAACCAGGAAAAAGUGUCAAGAUCACUGUAGAAAUGGUUGCUAAAUGUGACAUUACGAAGCACGGAUUCUACUCGUUUGUGUUUCCGUUGAACUUCAUUCCAAGAUACAGCAAGCCAGGGUCAGGCAAAGGCCCUAAAGGAAGAGGAGCCUAUAUCCCUGGCAAGUUCUCAGCAAGCAUACUUGUUGAGUCAUCCUCUAAAAUUUCAGACCUCAUGACUAGUCACAAAGGGAUGGCCCAGAAGAUCACAAACUCUGGUAAAACUGUGUCAUUGGAGUUAGCUCAGAGCGGAGCUGUCAAAGCUGCUGACAUUGUUGUAUCGUUUGCAACCGAAACCAUCAGAAAGCCUCAGAUUACUUUGCAUGCAUCUACCAAGCAUCCUGACGAAGUGGUUGCUCACAUCACAUGCAUUCCAAGAAUUUCUGAAGAUACGCAUGCUCAGAGUGUUGAAGAUACCAAUGAAGAAGUAAAAGAACUUGAAGAUCCCACAGGUGCUGCUGAAGCCCUCACUAAAGUCGACAAUAAAGAUGAUCCUGAAAUCGCAAGUGGCGAGUACAUUUUCCUUCUUGACAGAAGUGGGUCAAUGAAAAACAAAGGACGACUCAUUCUUGCCAAAGAUGCUCUGAAGCUGUUUCUGAAAAGUCUUCCUGCCGACUCCAAGUUCAAUAUUAUUGGGUUUGGGUCUUUUCUUCGAGUCAUGCACAAAGAUGGAAGUGUCCAAUACACCAAAGAUUCAUUGGAGAAAGCUCUGGUUGAGAUUGCAAGCAUGACUCCAAACUUAAAAGGGACUCAAUUGCUUGAGCCUUUGAAGUAUGUGUUCAGAACUCCUGAUGAUCCGAAGUAUCCCAGAAACGUGUUCAUUCUGACUGAUGGAGCCAUCAAAGAUACAGAUCCUGUCAUGAAGAUUGUCAAAGAGAACAACCAUUCUGCAAGAGUUCACUCAUUUGGGUUUGGCAGCGGCGCUUCGAAGUACCUUGUGAAUGAGAUAUCCAGGGCUGGACUUGGAACUUCAGAAAUGAUAGAAGACAAUGACAAGAAACUGAAAGCCAAAAUUAUAUCAACAUUGAGCCAAGCAUCAAAGCCUGCACUGACAGAUAUCCAGAUGGACUGGGGAUACAACGAGCAUGCUGUUAAUUUUCAAGUACCCAGAAAACCAAUGUUGGGAUUUGUAUAUGAAGAAGAAAUCUUAGACUGCUAUGCUGUGCUAUCAAAGGAUACUCUCAUCGAAGGAGAACUUACUCUUUCAUUCCUCAACACCUUGGACCAACAAAGAUUAGACUUCACCCUCAACGUCGACCCAGAAGCCAUCAUCGACGACGGAGAAGAUGACUCAGUGUUCAAGCUUGCUGCCAAAGAGAACAUCACCCACCUGAACAGGCUCAAGACGCAUGCCACCGCUGCUGAAGACGAAACUGUGGGAGGAGCAGACGUCUCGGAGCUGUGUCUGUAUUAUUCUCUGAAGUACUCAGUGCUGAGUCAGGAAACAGCAUUCUUCGGUAAGAUUAAGAACAAAGACAAGUCAGGAGAAGAGAUCAAGAAGAUCGAGAUCCCUAUUAGGAAAAUGAUCAAUACUCAAAAGCCUUCUUCUAAGACAAGAAGAUUAUCAAGCAUGCUAAAGAAAUCUUGAAAACUGCCAGCUCUCCAAAAUAGAGGUGAACCUCACUCAAUAAUUGAGGAAUCAUGGAUGACGAAACAAGCAAUUUUAGUACCUAGAUCUUUAAAGAAAAAAUCUUGAACGAAUUCAAUGAAACCAGCAUCUAGCUACAAGUUUAAGAAAUCUUCAAAUUCAAACAUCAGCUAUGGCUUCUUUAAGAAAUGAAGCAAUGAAAAUGAUUUUGAGGAAGGAAAAUCUACGAAAUCAGACAUUGUGAAAAUUAAGACUAAAGCUUAUGAAAAAGUAAUUGAAUACCAAGAAUUAGAUGGACACUUUAUACAACUUCCAGAAAAGUAUCAAAAUUUACUUGACAAUGACAUCCCUGAGGAAUUAGAAAACUUACUCAAAGACAGCUCUAAAAUGAUCGAAGUCUGGAUCACCAUUCUCUCAAUCCUCAUUCUCGAAAACUUCUACAGCAGCAGUAAAGACGAAUGGAUAAUGAUUGCUAAGAAAGCAAAGAGUUACUUAAAGAAGAACUUAGUGGCAGGCGCAGACAUAACACCAUUUACCAAAUAUUUAUCGUAAUACAAUUCAUCGC